AUGUACUCAGGAACCCUCCAUGUGUCCCUGGACACAGUGCAGCCCCUGUACCAGGCAGCCGACCUCCUCCAACUGGACUAUGUGAAAGUCACCUGCAGCAGCUACAUGGCCAUGAACCUGGAGCGCUCCACCUGUGUGGACCUGUUCAGGUUUGCUGAUGCCUUCUCUGCAGACAUGCUCCUGAACCGUUGUCGGCAGUGGAUCUCUAGACACUUUGCUGAGUUUGUCUCCAGUGAGGAGUUUUGCAGCCUGAGUGUGAAUCAGCUGACUGAGAUCAUCAGCCACGAUGAGCUGAUGUUGAAAGAGGAGACAACAGUGUGGGAGGCUGUGGUGAGAUGGGUGCAGCACAGCAGGGAGGACAGACUGCACCACCUACCCAUCAUCCUCCCUCACAUCCGCUUCAACCUGCUGACCUCAGAUGACACAGCAGCCAUCUUAGAUCACCCCCUGGUCAGAGAGGAUCCUGGGAGUUCUGAGAUCAUCAGAAAUGUGGGCAAGUGAGAUCCUCUUCAUGAACCCCAGGGUGGGCAAAUACAAGUUAUGUCGUUACAAAAACCUGCCUUCAAUCGUGACUAUGACAACCACCAGUGACAACGAUAUCUACGCCUUGACAGAAGUGUCGGAAGC